AUGCCAGAUGGCAGAGAAAGAACAGUCAGAUUCCGGGAGAGCGACAGUUCCUCCCGAACCUCACCUCGAAGUCGGGAUUCAGGACUCGCUCAAGAUUAUGACGUUCAACGGUUCAACGUUGGUGCCCUGCAGGAAGCUUUGGACUCGUGCCGCGAGGAAAAGGGAAGAUAUAAGAGCAAGGCAAACGAUCUAGAUGCACAAUUGACAGCGUUCAGAUCGACACUUCGUGAAAAAGAACUCGAAAUUCGAAGCCUCAGAGAGGAAAACGCUACACUCAGACAUCAGAGAGAUACCUACGAAAUUGAAGUCCACGACUUGCGUCGACGUUUGGCACCUUUAUCCGACUCAGGCUAUGCAACGAGCAUGGCGUCGAGUGAAUCCUCAGAUGGCCGUAGUAAAUCCAGAAGCAAGCGUCGCCAGCACCAGGGUCAGGAUAACAGGCUACUCGAGCGGAUCAACACCGUCGUAUAUCCCAGUGAGGAUUAUCGCACUCCACGAGGCCCGCCGGUCACAACCCGAGGCUUUGGCCCUAUCAAUCCAAAUUACACCAGUUCGCCUUCAUGGAGUGUAGUCCCUAGGUCCACCAGUUAUGAGACUACCUCACAAUUUAGUAGUGGUGAUUAUAUCCCGGAGCCUCUACUACCUAAGCCUAAGGUUGAAAGCAAGAGCUCCUCAAGCCGGAAGCAUCAAUCCCGUGUUUCAACCCUCUUGCCAAUUUACGAGCCAAUUCUCCGGCAAAUUCCCCAACCGAUUCCCCAGCGCUUCCAGGAAGCUAUUAAUAGGAAAGACCUCAACUCGAUCGCCGGUCUGCUUCGUGAAUCAUUCGACGAAGUCGCCAGCGGGGCCUUUGCUUGGAUUGAUGAAUUGCGACAGUUAGGGCUAUCAUUGGAUGUAAUUGCCCAAGAACUUGUUGAGGAGUCUUCUGAUAGCCCCUGGAUCUUUUCCGACUUCGAUAUACCCUCAUCUCCCUCAUUCAAAAGUGAUUUUCACGUCGAAAACUGCUUGUGUGCAGACAGACAUUCCACAACAAGAGACGAGAAAGCUUUGUUGCCGACUUUGGAAGCGAACGAAUCAUUGUUUUUGGAAAAUCAUAUUUCCGAAGUAGCUGUGGAGGACAUCAUCGACAUCCUGUGUGGUCUUGGCGGUGUACGUCCUUCUGUCAGCGAUGACAGAACAUUAGACCUUGGGCACGUCGAAUUUGAUGCGGAGAUUUCGCGAGGUACCGUCCUGUACCACACUCAAGGGCUAGAGGAAACUCUGACCCGUGUCCUGGACCAUCUCUCAGUUGCUGCUGGAAGCCUUCAGCAGGUUGGGGGAUGCUGCAACAAAUUCACCUAUCUUUCCAUUUCAAGUUCAGCCACGGAAGUACAUCUUCACAGCUUAGAUCUUCAAGUCAUCAGGGACUUGAGAAGCCAAAUAGCCACCCCGAAUCCAGAAGAUAUUUCGAGGCUUCUUCCAGGGUUCUCCUUCGUCAAUGGCGGAAAUGAUGAAAUACCCGCCCCGCUUCUCUUGAGUAUAGUGGUCCAAUUCCUCUCUACCGCAUUGCUAUCAUACUCCCGAGCCCAUUGUGGGCCGAUAAGUCCGGCAUUCUUGGACAGAGGAGUCGACCAAAUCAUGCUGCUGGGAGCAGCAGAGCGGACAAACGACUAUGAUGGUCCAUGUAUACUUGGAUCCCUUGUUAACCUCGCGUGUUUCGGUGAUAUGCUUGGGCAACCAGCCUUUGCUUUUCGAUAUUACUCCAGAAUAAGCGAGGCAAAGAGCACCAUUACGUCCAAGGAAAAGCACAACUUGAUCGCCAGUCCUUGCGAUCUUCUCGAUACUUGGGGGCCCGGCCAGCUUAUAUCGGCUUCAGAUGACCACGAGGUUAUUCACGCCAUCUAUGUCGGUGGAGGCUGCAUCACAGCGACUGGUCAGGAUGCAAGCCGAGCACUGUUGCACUGGUCACGCGAACCACGUCUAGAGGAGCUGCCACAGAUCACAUUCAGUCGGAGUCAAAAAGCUGUCAUCGGCGCCUGGGUCACUGUAAACGCUAGCUGUGAGGCUCGGCAGCAAGACCCCUUACGCAGCGCGUCUGUGUUCCUGCAUGAGUUGGGUACUUAUCGUGACUAUUGGGAGAAGGCAGAACGGCAACUUGGAUUCGGGCUCCAGGCAGGGCAGAGUCCCAUCGCUGCUCUACAAUUGAAUCAGACAUGGGUUAAAAUGAGAGGGCUGACCAAGAAGUCAAGAAUGCUGGCACGACUAUAUAAAUCGGAUUUUGAAGAGCUGUAUAGUGUCCAAAUCAGUGUUUGCACGGGGGUAGCACGGAGAGUCAGCCUUAGGAAGAUGCUGGCCGACUUGCUGUCGACUUAUGUCGCGGCCUUGAUAAGCGAGCCGCCACUCUGGAGCUCUUUGGUCGAGGACUUUGACAUCAUCACGGCCUUGGAAAGCAAAGACCUUGGUCAAUGGGCUGCGGCGUUGCCUCAUGACCACCAAAAGACCUUCGAGUGCCUUGUCAUCGCCGUCUUAACAUCGAUGCGCGACACUGGAAUUGACAGGAAAGGAGAAAACUUGGUUAUUGGCUGUAUUCAGCCGGGUAUUGCGUUUCAAUGCUUUCAGGUCCCGUGCACCAAGGAGAACUAUUGGGCCAGAAUGCUUGCUGAUUCUGACGAAGUCGCUACCUUUGCGUACAUUACCAUGGACUGUCUCGAGACCAGCCACCUCAAGUGCAGAGCGCCUUCAUCGCUAUGGGCAAAUUCAACGGGGCUGUUCUGGACCGCUGUGGCAUGCUGCGAACAGCAAAGUGCGUCGAGUGUUGCGUCACCGGUGCAAGGCAGAUGGGAACUGCGACACUCGGAAACCUACAUCAUGGGAGCUGUCGAUACUCCUUUGCUAGUGAAGGUCGACCGGCCAAACCAAGCAGCCGAACCGCGUCUCCUUGUAUCUGUCAGCUUGAUUCAGUCGGAACGUUUGAAAAGGUUGUUUUGGGGAACAAAAAUAGGCCACAAGCGCAGAUUGAGAGAGAGGAGAGUCCUUGAUCCUGUUGCUGAGGAGGUAUUUGUUCUGGUCGGCAAACGUGACGUAUCGACUUUGACAAGUUGA